GAUCGCUUCUAUUUCAUUUCUCUCAAUAUCUUGACUGCCAUAUCCUCCGCAAAUUCAUAAUCCAUACGCUAUAUUCUCAUCUCAAUUCUGGAAAUUCAAGUGUAAUUUGGUUCAGAACACUUGUUGUGCUACUAGUGAGGGAAAUCUAGAUAGAGUAUGGGGAUGACGAGCAUGGAUGAGAGAGCUGUUGCUGUGAUCAUGGUUGGUGGUCCCACCAAAGGUACUCGAUUCAGGCCAUUGUCACUGAAUAUUCCAAAGCCGCUUUUCCCCCUGGCAGGACAGCCAAUGGUUCACCAUCCAAUCUUUGCCUGUAAAAGGAUACCAAACCUAGCACAGAUCUAUUUAGUUGGUUUCUAUGAGGAGCGUGAGUUUGCCUUGUAUGUAUCCUCUAUCUCGAAUGAGCUGAAAGUCCCUGUGAGAUACUUGAAGGAGGACAAGCCACAUGGGUCUGCGGGUGGACUAUACAAUUUCAGAGAUCUCAUCAUGGAAGAUAAUCCGUCGCACAUCUUCUUGCUGAACUGUGAUGUUUGCUGCAGUUUCCCAUUACCUGCAAUGCUUGAGGCUCAUAAAAGAUAUGGUGGGAUGGGAACAAUCCUCGUAAUUAAGGUUUCCCCUGAAUCAGCGGACCAAUUUGGGGAGCUGAUAGCUGAUCCUAGUACCAAUGAAUUGCUGCAUUAUACAGAGAAACCUGAAACUUUUGUAAGUGACCGGAUAAAUUGUGGUGUUUAUGUAUUUACGCCAGAGAUCUUUACUGCCAUUCAGGGUGUUUCUACACAGCGAAAAGACAGAGCUAAUCUAAGACGUCAAUCCAGCUUUGAAGCCCUACAGUCAGCAACAAGGAGUCUUCCUGCAGAUUUUGUAAGAUUGGAUCAAGAUAUAUUAUCACCUCUUGCAGGAAAGAAGCAGUUGUAUACAUAUGAAACCAUGGAUUUUUGGGAACAAAUAAAAACACCCGGAAUGUCCUUGAAAUGCUCUGGCUUGUAUCUUUACCAGUUUCGGUACACCUCACCCGAUCUUUUGACCAAUGGGGAUGGUACAAAGAGUGCCACCAUAAUUGGUGAUGUCUAUAUUCACCCAUCAGCAAAAGUUCAUCCAACUGCAAAGAUUGGUCCAAACGUCUCUGUAUCCGCCAAUGCACGUAUAGGAGCAGGUGUCCGGCUGAUCAACUGUAUCAUUCUUGAUGGCGUCGAAAUCAAGGAAAAUGCAGUUGUUAUUCACUCGAUCGUAGGGUGGAAAUGUUCCAUUGGUCGGUGGUCACGUGUUCAGGCCGAAGGAGAUCACAAUGCAAAGCUUGGAGUCACAAUUCUUGGUGAAGCUGUUAAUGUUGAAGAUGAAGUAGUUGUGAUCAACUGCAUUGUGCUUCCAAACAAGACUCUUAAUGUUAGUGUUCAACAAGAAAUUAUCUUGUAAAACCUUCAUCCUCUCGAUUAUUAAAUAUCGUGUAAUGUUUCCCGUUCACCAAACGGAUGCUGCGCAAAACGUAGUUGCUAGCAAUAACAUGAUGAAGUCGGUAUUUGCUUGAUAGUCUGUGUGUAAGUUUGAUCAUACAACAAGUGUUUUUAUAUUAUUUAUUCGAAUCUUGUGAUGGAGUCUGUAUUUGGACAUGAAUCUAGUCUUAGAAUUAUGGUUUUUUAACCAAUUUAUCCAAA